UCCAUUGUCUCCGCCCACUAGUCCCACCUGUCUUUUAGACCGGGUGGUGAGGUUUUUAGUUCCUAGAGCCGGUACAUCUCGCUGGCUCACCGAAAUUAAAUCCAAUUCACCUCUGUUUCAUCUCAAGGACUCUAAUUUAACAUUGAAUCAUGGCGGUGAACACAGGCACCUCUCUAGUGCUGUCCAGUCUGCUGUCAGUGCUGGUGUUUGCUGGGAUGCAGAUGUUCAGUAAGCAGCUGGGAUCUACUGAGUGGCUCACCAUCCUGGGAGGUUUCCUGGGCUCAGUCCUCUUCAUCUGCUCCCUCACUGCAUUUAAUAAUCUGGAAAACCUGAUUUUUGGGAAGGGAUUCCAAGCCAAGAUCUUCCCAGAGAUUCUGGUGUGCCUGUGCCUGUCCCUGUUUGCUUCUGGUCUGGUACACCGUGUCUGUGUCACCACAUGCCUUAUCUUUUCCCUCUUCGCCUUGUACUACAUCAACAAAGUAUCUGCCGCCCUCUACCAAGCAGCUGUUCCCGCAGUAACACCAGCCAAGGCUGCCAGCAAGGGCAAGAGGAAGAACUGAUGAGUCUUACAGAUCUCACUUGAAUCCAGUUAACCAGUCAAUGUUAUCCAGGUGCUGAUGGCCAGUGCAACACAGCAGUUGCCUAUUUUGUCACAAUAAUUUCUUCAAUCCAUGACCCUUGGUGUAUUUCUACAGACUUUUCAAAAAUUUGGUUUGGGAAUACUACUUGGAAACUGAUCAUCAUUUAAGUGAUUACGGGCUUGUAACCAUUAUAACGAAAUUGUUUUUUUGUUGUUUUUUUUUAACAGUGAUCUCAAAUUUGAAUCAUGGAGAAGUGUUCUUGGUAUACAGUAUGUACGGCCAUAAAAUACAGCUAAACAGUUAUCUACAUUCCAUUAAAAACCUUUUCCUCAGCACUGUUUUUACACUGGUUGCAAAGAGAUUCAUACAUCCCAUCAUGUUGUUUGUAAAUUCAUCAGCACGUCAAGUUGCUCUUUUGUUUAAUUCAUUUUGUAAUUAAACUGUGUAAAAGACA